GGUUCAAAAGUCAGGCUUCCACAUGUGAAACGACAACUUUUCCAAUGCGAUCAAUAAAAAUAUAAUAAAAUAAAAAUAGUUAAGGGGAUGAAUAGUGUAAUACCAACAAUAAUCUAAGGCUGGCUACUGCAAUUCAUCCACCACGAGGAUGUCAAUAGAUUCCCACCACCCAAAUUCUAAAAUUAGCACUUGAUAGCAACUGUGCGCUUUUGUUUCUUGAUCUCGGGAUAUCCAUCUUUGUGAGUAUCUAUUCAAAAUGAUGCAAUCUGUAAUCACCAAAGACGAAACGACUCCAUCUGAACCUUUACUACCUGCCCUGGAGCAACCAUGCUGCUGCUUUUCCAUGUCUGAGCUCAGUUCAGCAACAGAUAACUUUGACGAAAAAUGGUGCAUUGGCCAAGGGGGGUUUGGCAAGGUUUACAAAGGAAAAAUCUCUGAUGGGCCAACAAAGACAUAUGCCAUUAAGCGGUUACAUUUCAUGUCCGAUCAAGGAGAACCAGAGUUUUGGGUUGAAGUCGAGAUGCUUUCAAGGUUGCGCCACUGUAACCUUGUGUCGUUGAUUGGUUAUUGCAAUGAGGGGAAAGAUAUGGCGCUUGUUUAUGAAUACAUGCACAAUGGAACACUUUCUGAUCAUCUUCACAAGAAAGGUACAAUUUUGACUUGGUCUCAACGGCUGAAAAUAUGCAUAGGAGCGGCACGUGGUCUAGACUACCUACACACUGGCACUGGCAUACAACAAGGAGUCAUACACCGUGAUGUGAAAAGCACCAACAUUUUGUUGGAUCAGAAUUAUGCUGCCAAGAUUGCAGACUUCGGAUUGGCUAAAACAGGACCAACAAACCAGACAUGUACACAUGUUAGCACCAUAGUUAAAGGCACCUUUGGGUAUAUAGAUCCAAAUUAUUGGUACACAGGUAGACUUACAAGAAAAUCUGAUGUUUAUGCCUUUGGGGUUGUAUUGCUUGAGGUAUUGUGUGGCAGGCGCGCUUUGGACGAGAGUCUGGAUGAGGGGUUAGCAAUAUGGGCUCAAGAUCGAAUCAAACAAGGAAAAAUCACUCAGAUUAUUGAUUAUAGAUUGAAGGACCACGUUUCAAAGAGUUCUUUGAAGCAAUUUUCACGCAUCGCAAUGGGAUGUUUGCUUAGUAAUCCAAGUCAAAGGCCAACAAUGAGUGAGGUUGUAGGCGGUCUUAACCUGGCAUUGUCAUUUCAUGAAAGAAAGGCUUCUUCUACCAUAGGAGGGAUCACCAUCAAGAAAGUAUGGUCACUGGUUUCUCUUAAAGGACAUUUUGAAGUUAGAAGCUCAUGGAGAACUGGAAGUAAUGAUCAGCUUCCUGGAAUAGAGAGCCUCAAGAUUGUUGGGGAUGCUUUCCUUGGAGGAGAAUUACAAGUGUGUGGCUACUCGGUCAAUGGUGCAGUUGAGUGCAUGUUUCAGUGGGCUCACCGUCUACCAGAUGGAUCAACUAAAUAUAUUGAAGGUGCAACCACCCCAAAUUAUACCAUUGCAUUAGAUGACUUAGGUACCCGCCUUGGUGUAGAAGUUAUACCCUUUGAUAAAAAAGGACGACGUGGCAAAGUUUAUAAGUGCUUUGCCAACAACGGACUUCUUAUCAGUGAGACUGUUAUCGUACCAGUUUCCGGUAUAGUAACUGAAGUCGAAGCAAACCAAAUAGAGCUUCUAGAAGAACAAGAUGAUAAUAACGAUCAGCUUCCUUCAAUAGAGAGCCUUCAAAUUGCUGGAGAUGCAUAUCCUGGAGGAAAAUUGCAAGUGUGGGGCUUCUCAGUCAACGGUACAGUUUCUUGCCUGUUCCAAUGGUUUCACCAUUCACCUGAUGGGUCUAUUGAAUACAUAAAAGGUGCAACCGGUGAAACUUAUACUGUUACAUUAGAUGAUGUAGGUACCUACCUUGGCAUAGAAGUUGUACCUAUAGAUAAAAAGAGUCGAAAAAGUAUUGGGUUCAAAUGCUUCGCCAACAAUGGACGGCUUAUCAGGGAAACUGUUAGCGCACCAAAUUGAGCGUCUAGAAGGACAAGACAAUAAUUAUAAUAUACAGAACCUAUAUAUAUUAUUAGGGAUUCUUUUCCCAGAGAAGUAUCCAAGUGUCUGGCGCUGUUAAAAAUAAAUGCUAGACACACUAUUGUCGACGGUUAUGAUGUUAGUUACUACAGUUAUUAUAACCGAAGAAUGUUGCAUCUGCAUGUGAAGAGUUGUAGCCAUUAGUUUAUCAUGUUGUGUAACUAUAUUCAAAAUGGAGUGAGUUGAAGUGUAGUGUCCUACGAGAUCGGGCCAUCCAUAUUUAUAGUUACAAAAACCAACAAACUAUCCAAUUAUUCCGGGAUACGGAGAAUAUUCCCUUCUGAACGUUGGGGGC